GUGUGUGUGUGAGAGGGGGGGUUGGGGGUUCUUGAAGAACCGAGAAGAGGAAGCAGUUCCGCCCUCAGAAGUAACAGCAGACCGUGGACGAGCUGGAAAGACCGAGGACAGAACACAAGUGAGUCCGCCUCAAACUUUUCGUGAGCGGGAGCUUUUGUGUCACGUGUGUCGCUGAGUGGAAACUUCUGGAAGCAAAUUUCCCGCAUGUGAAGAAGCAGAAGCCGAAAACGCAGCUCUCGCCGCUCUCGCCGCUCGCGCCUCCCUGACCGCGGACUCGGCUUCUCGGCGUCGGCUCGUCCAGACACUUGGGCCCAGUUUGAAGACAGUAUGAGCGGAGACGAGGAGAGGUUCAAACUGGUGGUGGUCGGAGGAGGAGGGGUGGGCAAGAGCGCCCUCACCAUUCAGUUCAUUCAGUCCUACUUUGUGUCAGAUUACGACCCCACCAUCGAAGACUCCUACACCAAGAUCUGCACUGUGGAUGGAAAAGAGACCCGGAUGGACAUCUUGGAUACAGCAGGUCAGGAGGAAUUUGGAGCAAUGAGGGAGCAGUACAUGCGCUCAGGAGAAGGUUUCCUCCUGGUGUUUGCACUUAACGACAGGGGAAGCUUCCACGAGGUUCAGAAAUUCCACACCCAGAUCUUGCGAGUGAAGGACCGCGACGACUUCCCCAUGGUGCUGGUCGGAAACAAGGCUGACCUGGAACAGCAGAGAGUGAUCUCCAGGGAGGACGCUCAGGCGUUUGCCAGAGAAAACAGGAUCCACUACAUGGAGGCGUCGGCUAAAAAUCGCUACAAUGUGGACGAAACCUUUUUAGAGUUGGUGCAAAUUAUCAGGAUGUUUCAGGAGAUGGAGUGUCCUCCUCCCCCAGCUCAUCAUACAGGGAAACAGAAGAGUGGAGGAUGUCCCUGCGUCCUCCUCUAAGCAGUUCCACCGUGGACCUCAUCCCUCUGCAGCUUCUCGGAGAUCAGGUGCAUGAUUAGCACCACAACCACAAGAUUUAACAAGUGUAUUUAGUUUUUUAAUGAGAGGAUCAAAGACUGUGGGGCUGACUUCCUGCGGCGUGUGACACACAGGAAGUCAGAAGGAUUUUUACGAGGGAUGUAACAAUAUCAGUUUCAUCUGUGACAGUGAAACCUCCGCGUCCUGAAACUGGAGCAAAUUUAAGGGAAGUGUGAACUGCACGAGUCCUCGUCCCAUUCAUCGUUUGCACACACACACACACACACACACACACACACACAGGAGCAGUGGGCAGCACUUAUCUGCACCCAGGACGCACUAGGGGAUUGGGUGCCUUGCCCCUGGCCCGUCCUGGGAUUUGAACCUGCGACCCCUUGGUUACAAGCCUAAUUUUCAAAUCCAUUAGUGUGAAAAUAACAGAUGCCAGUAUUAGUGAGCAAAGUAUGAAUGUAGAGAGAGAGAGAAGAACAGCUUUUGAAUCAUAUUUAACAUUUCUGUAGAACUCUGUGUUUCUAUUCAAAUGAUUCAUUUUAAUGACAUCAACAGCUUUAUGGUCAUCGAGGUGUGGAAGGAAAUAUUUGUAUUUUUCAUUUUUUAACUUCACGACGAACAACAUUUGCCGCUGAAGAACAGACAGAACCAAACAAACAUUCCCAUGAUCCCUCACUUCUUCCUGAAAUCAUCAAACUAGGUCCUUUUUUGUUGUGUCCACAUUAGUGAAACCUUAUAUAUACAUUUUUUACAGAGUCAUUCUGAUCUAUAGUGAAAUGAACAUAAUAUUUUCCGUAGUCAUGUUGCUGCAGGUGUCGAUAUAUUCACUUCUCAUUUGUGCAAAAUAAAAUAAGCCUUUUCUGUUGUA